CUCCCAAGAGUUACAAUGUGACUAUUGUGUUCUUGGAGCUCUUUAAACUUGCGCUCAGGCAGCACAGACUAGUCCGGCCAGACAGGUCAUGCAAGUCACUUUUGAGGAAAUCCACCAGCAUCAGAGGGAGCUAUUUUCAAACAGACUGAGUACGACGUUGGACACCAUCAUGCUGGCUGAUGUUUGCGCAACACUCUCCCCAUCCAAUCAGGAACUGAACUACGACCGAAUUUCCCCUUUUGUUGACUUACAAGGAGACUACACAGGAGUAAAUUGCUGAGUUGCCUGUCCAGGUGAGAUACUCUACAUACUUAAGUGGUGCAGCAAAAUGGCCGCAGUGAGGCUGACGUGUUUUGUUUUAUUUUGUGACGGUUCUCACCUCACUGGCUGUGUGUACGAGGGAGGACAGUCCACAUGAAGAUGGACGUUUCUCAGUGAAUGUCCUUGGAAGGACUCAGAGGAACAAGUGUGCACAGUUAGAUACUCAGUCACCAGAGGGUCAUCACCACUACAGCCAUUCUCCUCCAGGCUCUCUAUAUCAGUGAAGACAGCACAGAAAAUAAUGUCACUCUAGAGGAACUGCGAGGAACCGAUAGAAACGUGUGCAAACGCUAUAAAGAUGUGGGGCGGUCAUGUUGGAGAGUGGGUUUGAGGAGGAGGAGGAGGAGUGCUGACCAGGCUAUGAGUGCGUCCCAGAGGGCGAUCCUUCGGAUGCUGAGUUGAGUGACGGGAGCUGAACCGGAGGCUGACAGAGGAGCCGUCAUGGGGCUUGGACAGUCCAGCAAGUCUCCCAUCACGGGUGACACAGAUGAGGUCAAUUUCGACCACUUCCAGAUCCUCAGAGCAAUCGGAAAAGGAAGUUUCGGAAAGGUAUGCAUUGUGCAGAAGAAAGACACCAAGAAGAUGUACGCCAUGAAGUACAUGAACAAGCUGAAAUGUGUGGAGCGCAACGAAGUGAGGAACGUCUUGAAAGAACUUCAGAUCAUGCAGAACUUGGAGCACCCUUUCCUGGUCAACAUCUGGUAUUCUUUCCAGGAUGAGGAGGACAUGUUCAUGGUGGUGGACUUGCUCCUGGGAGGAGACCUACGUUAUCACCUCCAGCAGAACGUCCAUUUCUCCGAGAGCACGGUCAAACUGUACAUCUGUGAAUUAGCCUUGGCCUUGGGUUACCUGCGCAGCAAGCACAUCAUACACAGAGACAUCAAGCCCGACAACAUACUACUGGAUGAACAUGGUCAUGUCCAUCUAACGGACUUCAACAUUGCAGCCAUUGUGAAAGACGAUCUAAAGGCAACAUCCAUCGCAGGGACCAAGCCAUACAUGGCUCCUGAGCUGUUUCAGACAUACGAAGGCUCCCAUCCUGGCUACUCCUUCUCGGUGGACUGGUGGUCAUUGGGCAUCACGGCUUAUGAGCUGCUCCGAGGGCAGAGGCCGUACGUGAUGAGGUCCAGCACACCGACCAAUGAGAUCCUUCACACCUUCCAUAAGGUCCACCUCAGUUUCCCGGCAGCGUGGUCCACGGAGAUGAAGUCACUUCUCAGAAAGUUGCUGUGCAUCGACGUCCAGAAGCGUAUUUCCUCUCUAGCAGAGCUCCAAGAUCUGGACUACAUGUCGGACGUCAGCUGGGAUAUUGUGCUCAGCAAACAGAUUCCCCCGGGCUUUAUUCCCAAUAAGCGGCGACUAAACUGCGAUCCUACGUUUGAGCUGGAGGAAAUGAUCCUGGAAUCCAAACCACUUCACAAAAAGAAGAAAAGGCUUGCCAGAAAGUCCAGGGACCAGGGUUCUGAUGGAUCACCACAGAAUGGUCAGCUGCAGCAACAAUUGGACAACGUCCAGAGAGAUUUUAUCAUCUUCAACAGAGAAAAGUCCAAGAAAGCGGUGGUAGAUUCCGACUCAUUGCAACUGUCCACUAGUGACAAGAACAAAGCAAUAGAGGACGGUCAGAACAACAAUGUCCAAGCCGUGGACUAUUUAUCAGGAUAAGUCGUCUUGACUUUUGAGUCUGUACUCUGCGUUAAUCUCUUCAACCUGCUUGCUGCUUGUAGAUCAGCACCUACGUAUCGCCAAACCCUCCGAGCAAGCACACAAAUGUUACAGGGAUGUUACACACAAACAAUGAUGGAAGACGAGACAAUGGACAUAUGUUCAUAUGAAAGCGACGUGGUCCCGCUUGAAGAUAAUGGACUCGGACUUGGACUGCCUUGUCUAUAGGAAGCUUUUUAAUAGCGCUUUACCGGUCUGGAUUCUAUUGCUUUAUUUUCAAUUCUAAAGACAACAUAGCUGUGAUAUAAUCCUGUUGAUUUGAAUAAUAUGCAAAUGAAGAUGUAGCUAAGGUCUGGUGCAGACCAGUCCAACCACAACCAUAGCAACACGGUGCAAUUCAAGGACAUUUAUUUAUGUCCGUUGUUUUCAACGCACUGUCAACCGUCCGUCAUGUUGGUACUUAAGCAGAAGGGCACCAAAAAAUUGAUAGUGUAGUAGCUUUUACAACUUUGGACACAAAUGUUUGUAUGUCAGCAACGUAUAUAUAGUAUACUAUUAUCUCACUAUAUUUCAAUAAUAAUAUGGUGGAUUUUUGAACGGGCCAAAGUUGUAUAAUUUGGAGUUCAAACAAAAAUUGCCUCAAAAUUCAAACAACAACAAAGACAGCAAAUAGAAAAAGUGUGAUGAAAGCCAUAGAACAGGAAGUAUCACUUACAAAACAAGUCACAGCACGUUAAUUCCUGCGAUACCUCCAUUUUCUGUUAGUUUUACAUUGUCUGCACAGGUUUUAUAAAUCACUUUCUUAUGAGGGAAAGUUGCUUUAAAAAUAGAACAACUCGGAAGUCAACCAACGUCCGGCUGCAACUUUGGAGGUUCUACUGUGAAAAUAAUUCUGUAAGACAUUUUGGUUUUAUUUUGAAGACCUACUACUGGCGGCGUCACUUAAUCAUGGAUGCAGCAGAUACCGUAUGUUGAUAGUAGCAGUAGUAGUACUAGCUUAUUCAUAAUAAUCAUAUCUUUAGAAGCACUAGUGAAGUUACACAAAUGGACAAAAAAAACCAUCUUCUUUACUGUAUACUUCAAAUUACCGAGUUGACACUGUAAAAAAAAAAAGGAAUACGAAACAUAUAAAGGUCGCUUUGCACAUCCACUGUGAAAUGCAUUCACUAAGGCAAAUACACUGAACUGCAGAUGCACACGUACGAGUAGCUAUAUGCCAAUAUCAUACAUAGCCUGCUAUCAUACCAUAUCAUAUAUAUACAGUAGUGGGGGACACACUUUUUCACACCACUCAACAUAUACACACAUACAAUUUUGUCUGCUAUUUAUGUAUAUAUUUUUAACUCUUUAACUUGCACUUUUCCACCCCCUCAAAAAAUGGGUACAGUGUUUUGGACUUUACCUUUUUUUUUAGUGUUGCUGUUAUUUGUUGUCAUUUUAAACUUAGGGUGUCUUUCCUGUUUUUAACUAAUACAUCGUGGAGUCGUUUUGAGGGCUGAUAAUGAAAUGUGUAUGUAUAUGAUAAAAAAAAGGGAAGAUUUUAAAUUGUAUUAUUUUUGUCCUUAUUUGUGACUGUCUUGUAUUAAUCUGUGAUAGAGUUGCAAUCUAUUAAGGUGUGCCUUAAAUAAUAACUUUCUUUUAUUCAA